AUGCAGCUCAGGGGGACUUUAGCUGCCGUGCUAAGCGCCAUCGGCACUCCAACUCGCAACCUGACGGCCAAUUUUGACAUUCUCUCGCACAACGAUGUCUACGAGAUGGCGCAAGACACCGUCGACGGAAUAAAACUCGGGGGACCGUCGCGCGUGGUGCCUAUUGCCAACUCCAUGCGAGAAGCUAACCCCAAUACUCUCGUGCUCUUUGCGGGCGACACGGUGUCUCCAUCCCUUUGGUCGACCCAGCUCAACGGCCAGCACAUGAUCACGGCGCACAACGCAAUCGAGCUGGAUUUCGCGUCGCUGGGCAACCACGAGUUCGACUUCGGGAUCGAGAACUUCGUCAACUUGACGUUCUCCUCCAACUUCCCCUGCCGCGAGCUGUUGCGUGGCACAGUGCCGCAUGCUAUCAAAAACUUCACGGACCCUAUCAACGGCAACAUCAGCGUCGGAAUAUUCGGUGUAAUGUACGAUAUGAAGAACUCGAGUAAGGGCCUCUACUGGAGGGAUCCAAUUGAGACGGCUCGCGAGCAGGUGGCUGCUCUGCAGGCCCAGAACGUCGACUUGAUCAUCGCCCUGACGCACCAGGACCUUGUCGACGACAACAGGCUCUCCGAAGAGGUGGGCGGCAUUGACUUGAUCAUCGGCGGACACGACCACAGCUCGAUGCUGCAGACCCACUAUGGCACGCCGUAUAUCAAGUCCGAUUUCAACUUCCGCUCGAUCUGGAAGACGCACAUCGAGUACUACGCUGCUGAUGCCAGCUACGACCGCAAGGUUGUCAUGACCCACCAAACGGUCCCUAUCGUGGAGAGCAUGCCUAGUGAUAGCAAUCUUGACGCCACCAUUGCGGCGUACCAAGCACAAAUGGAAACUCUUGAAGAGCAGAUCAUCGGCAACCUGUGCGAAGACCUGGCUCUAUCGCAGAAUGUUGUGCGCACCAAGGACUGCAAGAUUGGUCACCUGUUCGCUGACGCUGCUCUGCAGUAUUACGGCAAGGGUUCAGCUGAUGUUGCCGUCGUGAAUGGAGGAUGCAUCCGCGGCGACAAGGUCGUAGCUGCCGGUGAUCUAACGAUGGGUGACUUGCUGUCUUGGUCACCGUUCCGCAACAGGCUGAUGACGAUCCAGACGAACGGUGCGUCGCUGAAGCUGUUCCUCGACCACGAGAUGGCCAGAAGUUGCGGCUCCAAUACCAUUGAGCAGAACGGCUUCUACGUGCACCUGUCGGGCUUCAGCUACACAUACACGCGCACACGCGAAGGUGUUGGCACCAUCUCAAGCUUGGUGUGGCUGGAUCACCCAAUUAAUUCGGGCGAGAUCAAGGACUCGGACGAAUUCGUCAUGGCUCUCACCAACUAUCUCUACUCGACGGAGUUCGUUGUCAUUGACGGUGUGAAUGCUACGGUCAAAGUGAGCGAGGUUGAGGCUGACAGAGUGGACUCGGCUCUUGAGGCCUACAUCUCCAGGUUGAGCAAUGGCACCGUGUGCCUCCAACACGAAUUGCGCUCGUCCGUCUCAUUCUAA